GGCCUGAGGCGCUGGAGCUCACCUACCUUCCGGGCUCACCUUCCGGGCCGCCGCUACCCGGGCGCUCUCCGGCGGGCCGCGGCGUUCGGGCCGCGGGGCAAGGGCUGGGGCAGGCGCUCGGCCCGCGCGCCGGCCCCGGAAAUCUCGACAGCCCCGAGCAUAGUGGGCCCGGGGCGGGGCGCGGCUCGGUGAGCCGCGCCGGAGGAGGAGGCGCCCGAGGCGGCGGCGGCAGCGGCGCGGCCGGGCCCGCCUCGGCCAUGGGCAAUGGGCUGUCGGAGCCCGGCCCCGGCCUCCUGGCCGGCCUGCCCCCCUUCCAGUGCUUCCACAUCGUGAUCCUGGGCCUGGACUGCGCCGGCAAGACCACCGUGCUGUACCGGCUGCAGUUCGACGAGUUCGUGAACACGGUGCCCACGAAGGGCUUCAACACGGAGAAGGUGCGCGUGACGCUGGGCAACGCCAAGACGGUGACGUUCCACUUCUGGGACGUGGGCGGCCAGGAGAAGCUGCGGCCGCUCUGGAAGUCGUACACGCGCUGCACCGACGGCAUCGUGUUCGUGGUGGACUCGGUGGACGUGGAACGCAUGGACGAGGCCAAGACGGAGCUGCACCGCAUCACGCGUUUGGCCGAGAACCAGGGCGUGCCCGUGCUGCUGGUGGCCAACAAGCAGGACCUGCGCGACUCGCUGCCGCUGCCCGAGAUCGCGCGGCUGCUGGCCGUGGGCGAGCUGGCCGCGUCCACUCCCUGGCACCUGCAGCCCACCUGCGCCAUCAUCGGCGAUGGGCUGCGCGAGGGCCUCGAGAAGCUGCACGAGAUGAUCCUCAAGCGCAGAAAGAUGCUGCGCCAGCAGAAGAAGAAGAGAUGAGGACGCGGGCUGAGCGCCGCCGAGCCGAGCCCCGGGGGGGCCGGGGGGCCGGGCUCGGGCCUGGCCGCGGCCCCCGGGAGCGCGCAGCCCCCGGCGCCGCCCGCCCGCGGGCUCGGACCGACCGGCACACCGCAGCUGUAGGCAUUGCACCUCAAGGCACUAGGGAAAUAAAGCUAUGGACCGCGCGUGGCCUUGUGUGCGACGCGCCGGGGGCGGGGGCCGAGCAGGGAGUGGGGGUCCGAGUCGGAGCUUGGGGAGGUGGACGUUUCCCCUCCCGGGGGCCGCUGGGCUCCUGUUUUGUGGGGGAAGCACUUAAGGGCCGGCCUCCUGGAGCAGCGGGGAUACGGCGGGGCGGGGGGCUGCGCAGGGAGUGGGGGGCCGAGCAGGAGCUUGGGUGGGGGUGGGCAUUUUCCCCUCCCCGGGGGCCGCUGGGCGCCUCUUUGUCUUGUGUCGGAAGCACUUACGGGCCGGCCCCAUUGAGCGGCGGGGGUUCGGCGGGGCGGGGGCCUUCCACCCCGGCAGUAUCGGGAGGCGUCCCCGCGCUGCGUCCUUGUUUACAAAGCGGACUGGCAGCGUUUCGGGGGGGGCCGAGGCCACUUCCUACCGGUACCGCAGCUCCCUGAGCUAACGCUGGAGUGCAGCCUCGGAAACCCACCGUAGCAGAACUUGGUUUUCUCCCGGAGCGGGGGAAGCCCCGAAGUUCAAUGUGAAAACGUGGUUCGCGUGAUUUUUACAAAAAGACCUUUUCUACCAACCAGCAAUGACUUCUGACUGCCAUCACCGUAGUUCUGUGUGUAAAGACACUUGAAUUGUACAACCAGCCACUGUUUGUUCUGAAGGCGACCAAAAAUGCACUUUAGCGGCGUUGUUUUUGUUUGGUUUUAUAGUGAUGAAGCCGAUUUUAUCUGGGUUUAAAUAAAAAGUUAAGCUGCA